CCGGCCGGGGAGGCUAUUCGCAAAAGAUGGUGGAUCGAUUGGCAAACAGUGAAGCCAACACCAGACGGAUAAAUAUCGUGGAGAACUGUUUCGGCACCGCCGGUCAGCCCCUGACCAUUCCCGGCCGGGUUCUCAUCGGCGAGGGCGUGCUGACCAAGCUGUGCAGGAAGAAGCCCAAGGCCCGGCAGUUCUUCUUAUUCAACGACAUCCUGGUGUACGGGAACAUCGUCAUCCAGAAGAAGAAGUACAACAAGCAGCACAUCAUCCCCCUGGAGAAUGUGACCAUCGACUCGGUCAAGGACGAAGGCGACCUGCGGAAUGGCUGGCUCAUCAAGACGCCCACCAAGUCCUUCGCUGUCUACGCUGCCACGGCCACCGAGAAGUCGGAGUGGAUGAACCACAUUAACAAAUGCGUCACCGACCUGCUGUCCAAGAGCGGCAAGACGCCCAGCAGCGAGCAUGCUGCUGUCUGGGUCCCCGACUCGGAGGCGGCCGUGUGCAUGCGCUGCCAGAAGGCCAAGUUCACGGCUGUCAACCGGCGUCACCACUGCCGCAAGUGUGGCUUCGUGGUGUGCGGGCCCUGCUCGGAGAAGCGCUUCCUGCUGCCUAGCCAGUCCUCCAAACCCGUGCGCAUCUGCGACUUCUGUCACGACCUGCUGUCCGCAGGUGAUGCAGGCUUGGGCCAGCCCGCCGGCUCGGACAGUCACUGCCCACCGCUGCGGGGGCCGCUGAACGAUGCCUCGGACGAUGAUGAUGAUGAUGACAGCAGCGACUGAGGGGGCCCUUGGCCGCCUCGAGCCUAUGGGCAGCCUUUCACCUACGUGCCUCUACAUUCUCGAGGGAGAAUCGCUUUGUCUUCUCCAGUGUUCCCCCCCCCCCUUUCUCUGGGGACAAACCGGUGCCACGGUGUGGGCUGAAUGUCUGGUUUCUCCUUGCGUCAUCAUUCCGGAGGAAUUUGUGUGUGUAGGGGGAGACUGGGGUAAGACGAGGUAUUCGACAGAUCAUGACCCCAUGGUGUCGCUUAUGAGCUGUCCUGGGAAAUGGGAAUGCCCCGAGCUAAGAAGGAUGGGAAGGGAAGAAGGCUGUGUUGAGUUUAUUAUGUGAUGAGCUUUUUAGAUUUUUCUUGCCAUCUCAGCUAGUGAUGCAGACACCAGUAACAGAUACAGGCUUUGGAAUUACUUUCUCUGCCAAGUGGUGCCUUACCCUCAUAGCACUGUUCCUUGGAAUGAGAAGCCCUAUUUUCCUUUCUCACUCUUUACUUUGUGGUGCUCUUGGGGGUGAUAAAGCAAAUGUUUUUUUGAAUGAGUGGUACUUAGAAAAUCCAGCUGCAAAAAACAAACAUACCCGAAAUCUAGAAGUUCUUUAUUCUCUAAGAAUAUUUUUCCAUACUAUAGUUGUGAUUCUAUUUUUAUGUUUUAUAGGUACCAGAUUGUAACUGUCAUCAUUUUCAAUGAAUACUAGGGUGUCUUUCUUAUCAAAUGUCUUAUGGCAUUCAUUUCUACCUUUUGUAAGACUUAUUUUUAGGAAUAAAUUCAUCUUUAAAAUGAUAUCUAGAAUUAAAUAAAUCUUGCCCUUCCAACUAAACAGCCUCUUAGAUCUUACAACAGAGCACAGAUUUGAUUGGAAUGAGAUUUGCAAGAAAUGGGGUCCUGAUGGCCGGGUCCAGACCAGCUCGGUUGAAAUCGAUUCCUCGCUGUGGAGUAUUGUCUCUUUCUAUGCGAAACAAUGUUGAAUUUACAAAUAAAGUAUUAUAUAUU